GCUAGAGAUAUUGCGGUAGCCAAUCAAUCAUUAGCAUUCUACUGGUUAAACUCGGAUCGAGGUUAGGUUUCUCUUUCAUAAACCGAAGAUGUCGAAGCGAGGACGUGGUGGGUCAGCUGGAGCCAAAUUCAGGAUAUCCCUGGGUUUGCCCGUGGGUGCAGUAAUUAAUUGCGCCGAUAAUACUGGUGCAAAGAACUUGUAUGUCAUCGCAGUACAAGGAAUCAAGGGCCGGUUAAACCGCCUACCGGCGGCUGGAUCCGGCGACAUGAUUGUGACGACGGUAAAGAAGGGAAAGCCGGAACUUAGAAAAAAGGUGAUGCCGGCGGUUGUCAUACGGCAACGGAAACCGUUUCGUAGGAAGGAUGGAUCGUUUAUAUACUUUGAGGAUAAUGCUGGUGUGAUAGUCAACAACAAAGGAGAGAUGAAAGGAUCGGCUAUUACGGGACCUGUUGCGAAGGAAUGUGCUGAUUUGUGGCCAAGGAUUGCGUCUAACGCCAGCAGCAUCGCAUAAUUCGUUACGUGUAUAUCCUCUACAAAAUAAAUUUAAAAAUUGGUAUAA